AGGUAUCAUUCUGAAAGAGCAUUCAAACCAUUCACACGUAAACUGGUAAAGGCAGCUCAUAAUGAAAGUGUAAAAUGUGUAUGCAAGAAGAAUGGGGGAGGAAAUAGACAUUUAAAGGGAGGAGGAACUUCAACUAUAGCCCCUCCCUCUCACACCACUUCCAGACGACCACAUGAAGUAAAUGUCUCUGUGUGAAACCAGAGACUGAACAGCAGGUAGGCUCCACAAAGCCUCACAGGAUUACAACAUAAAAUGAUUGACUAUGACUAAGACAGAAAUUCAGGUACAUCUGGAAGAGGCAAAGAAGACUAACAAGCCUGAAGUAAAACUGUGAAGGAGCCAAGACAAGGAUGCAUAAUUUUUUAAGUGAAAUUUAGAAGGGUUGGUUUGUGGAAAUAUCAAAUCACUCAUUUUCUUAAUGAAGACAACCAAGGAGAUAAACUGGCUAUGGUCUUUUCAUUAAACUUCAAGAGUGAUGCUGUUUUAUUCAUGUCACAAAGGAACUGUGAAUAUGAAAGAACAAACUUCAAAUCAACUUCCUGUGCCGGCAAUAAGAGUUAUUCACUGAACCACACAAGCAAAGCACCCACUGUUUGGGGAAGAGAGAAGGUAAACUGAUGUGGUUUGAUUAAACAAAUGUUUGCAUGUAUGUGCUCAGUUGCACUUUGACAGUGGGAUUACGCAAAAUUUUUCUGAGCUUCCAAACAAGGUGCUUCUUGUGGCACACCUGUGAAAUGUAUACAUGUCAGAUGCUCAUCAUUUUUGCUGAAUUUAUGGAUCUUCACGGAACUUAAUGUUUUGGUUCUCUGACGUUUGAAAGUACUAUAGGACAUUGACUGACUCACCUCUGAAGGUCUGAUUUUUCUAAACUGAAGAUGAGCGAUUCAAAUAACUGCACAGGAGACGGAUUUAAGCACAUGUUAUAUAGCACCGUUUUCAGUAUCGUCUUCAUUUUGGGGCUGCUUUUCAACAUGGUGGCAAUGUACAUUUUUGUAUGCAGGCUGAAAGUGCGCAACGAGACCACGACGUACAUGCUGAACCUCGUAGUGUCAGACACACUCUUCGUCCUCAGCUUGCCCUUCAGGAUGUUCUACUUCAUUAAUCAACAUUGGCCUUUCGGCAAAGCUCUGUGCAAAAUCUCAGUGGUCCUAUUCUACACCAACAUGUACGGCAGCAUCCUCUUCCUCACGUGCAUCAGCGUGGACCGCUUCCUGGCGAUUGUUUACCCCUUCGCUUCUAUGACACUCAGGACUAAGCGCAAUGCCAGAAUAGCCUGCUGUGCCAUCUGGAUCCUCCUGAUCUCAGGAGGAUUACCUGCAGGUUUUCUGAUGGACACCACAUUUUCUCCGAACGGCACGCAAUACUGUUUCGAAAACUACUCUAACUCUCAGUGGCUGUCCCAAGUGUCAAAAGUGGUGGUGUUCAUGGAGACGGUGGGCUUCUUGAUUCCAUUGCUGAUAAAUUUUAUCUGCUCCAUGAAGGUCCUGCAGACCUUACGACAUCUGGAGAGCCUCAACCGUGGUGGGCAGCUCGACAAGGCCAAGAUCUUGCGCAUGAUUGUGGUGCACUUGCUCAUAUUCUGUUUUUGCUUCAUCCCUUACAAUGUAAACUUGGUGUUCUACACACUUGUCCGUAGUAAGAUAAUUGAAAACUGCACUUUGGAGUAUGUGGUCCGGACUAUUUAUCCAAUCGCAUUCUGCAUUGCGGUGACCAACUGUUGCUUUGACCCUGUGAUCUAUUAUUUCAUCUCCGAGACGAUCCAGAGCUCCAUUAAACGGAAGUCUUAUGUGGUCCAUAAAAACACAAUGAACAAUACAAUAGAUGAUGAUAGUUACAGAAUCAAUUCUAUGACUAAAAUCACAUCUUUACAAGUUAAAUUUAUCAGUGAUGAAUCUACUGUGUGACUUGACAAAUGCCAGGAAAAAAAAAUUAUAUUCAUUAUAUGCCACUUGAAGAAAAUUAUAUGCUAUGAACAUUCUCAGUUGUUCGGCCAAUACAAGCAAUGGUUUUGAGCAAAGGAUAUACUGGACUCAUACACCUGACUGAUGACUGGUGAACUUUAACACAAUGUAUUAAAGUUCAUCUUCUUGGUGCUAACUAAUUUGUGUUUACAAUUCAAUCUCUACUCUCAUGGAGCAUUUGUGUUAAUGGUUGAUUGAUCUUCCACUUGAAUACAAAUUUGACUUGACUUUUAACAGUAUUUCUGGACUAAGAGCUAAAGCUCUAACAGAGAAAGGCUAUGUAAUAGAGCUCAAAUAUCGUUUCACAUUACGUCCAUUCAUUUUGUUGUACAUGUAAAUCUUCAGUAUUAAUCCCAAUUAAAUGGCUCAUUAAAUA